AUGACACAGCAGCAUAAACUGACAAAAAACAGUCAGACCAGUCUCAAAGUUGAUAAAAACGUGAAUGGGAGAUGUUCGGCAAACAAAUCCAGCGGAGAGAGUCACAAUGGAACUAACAAGCUGAGGGACAGUCGCCGAACUGGACGUCAGCAACUAAUCAAAAAUAUCGUCGACAAAUUUAAUUCAGAAAAACGUUUAAAUGUCAAUAAAAUCAUGUACGACGAGUUUGAAAGUGUCCAAUCAACUUUUAUUCAUUCUCCGCCUGACAAGUGCAUUUGUCGAUCAAACUCAAUUCUGCUGUGGAAAAAGAUUGGUGAAUUGGAAAGCAGCUGCUUUCGUGUGUCACAGGACGGCAUCAUUCCUAGAAUUAAGUGUUUUGCUCUAAACAUCAGAUUGCUGAGACCCACAGAGGCGACCUUUGAGGAUGUUGUGAGUCAACUUGAAAAUUUUUUUGACGAAAUUGAAAAAAUAGUCAAGGAAAUUAAAAUCAUUGAAAUUCAGUGCUGGUCUACAGACGACCGGCUAUUCAAGUCUUCUAUCCAGUCCAUAAAGCGUGAAAUCCUCGAAGAACAAUCAAGCCUGAAUUCUCAGCCACGGGAAAUUCGAAGGUAG